AUGCCUCACCCUCGAACACAAGAAACAGUUCUUCUGCAGGAAUGCAAACGAAUUUGCGCAUCAUGCAGCGGUGGUUCUAAAGUAGACGACUCACGGAUGGAUGACAAGACAGACCAGUUGGCGCUCAUACGGUGUUUGUUGGAGCUUGGGGCAAAUGUUGAUCUAGCGAAUGAAUCUAACGGCGAAUCACCAGUCGGGUGUGCAGCGUGGUAUGGCCACUUAGCUCUCCUUGACUUGCUUUUGGAAGCUGAGGCUAAUAAGAAUGGUUUUCUUCGGCGAUGCUCGUUCUCACCGCUGCAUUUUGCUGCGCUGGGGAACAACCUUGCUUGUGCAAAGUUGCUGAUUGGGCGGUCUGCCACAGUCAACGUUGAAAUGCCUCCGACGAACGCUGAAACACCGCUUUAUUUUGCUAUCCGUUCCAAGAACGAGCAAAUGGUCGAUCUGCUUUUACGCAGCAAUGCCGACCCUCGUUCACUAUGCACAUCGGCAGCUGAAACGCCGAUUCAUAUUGCGAUUGCCUGUGGCCACCUGGAGAUCGUGGAGUAUUUUGCAACUAUCCUGCGAGGAUUCGACUUACUGGCUGAAGAUGAAAACAAGCAGACACCUCUCCAUUUAGCUGCUGCAGGUGGGGACGAGAUAGUCUGUCGUCUUUUGCUGACGAAGUUGCAAUCAAACACGGGGAAAGCUACGACCAUAGACGUACCUGACAUCCGCGGACGAACACCCCUGCACCUUGCCGUUAUCAACGGACAUGAGACUGCUGCAAAUAUGCUGUUGGCUGCCGGAGCUUCCCUCGAAAUACGUUGUUGCGAUGGUUUAACCGCGUUGUUAUAUGCGGCCAAGUGCAAUCGGUUGGCCAUCUUGAUUGCUCUGCAUUCCCAAUUACAACCGAACUUGGGACGCACACUUCUGCACUACUUGGCAAUCUACGGGGACGAUGAAACGCUGGACAUGCUACUGAAAGCUGCGGCUCAUGUGAACCGAAAUGAUUCCGAACCUGGUGAUCCAACGGUACAAGAUAUUGUGAACGCGCGGGAUAAGUUUGGAUAUACGCCGUUGAUGUACGCAUUUGCGUUCGGCAGGCUACUGGUGGUUCGUAUGCUCUGUGACGUCGGUGCCGAU